AGAUUAACGUGGUAAAAACGGGUACGAAGAACUUUCAUUUUAUAGCUAAGUUUUAUUUCCAGUUUGAAAAGAAUGAGUUUGUUCAGGUACAUUGAAGUGACAGAAUAACGGCAUAACAUGAAUAUACGGUGAACCGCAUGGUCAUUAUCUCCCAAACAGUCACUAGCAUCGGAUCAGAUGAUUCAAUAGGAAGGAAUCUACUUCUAAAUCAACUGAUUAAUAAUAGGACUUACUCUAAAUUGCCAAAAUAUCGUUUAGACAGAAAAAGUGGAUGAUGGCUACAACUCGGAGUCUAUGGUGCAUGCUAUGUGUGUUUUACUUAACUGUUCAGUAUACAGAUUCCAUCACUGAACCAAACAACACAAUAAUAAACGUAACAGGUUACUUAGCAUGGGGAGAGGAUUUAACGCAGACCAUCAUCGUAGUAUCAAAUGCUACCUGGUUUGAUGCAGUCGAAGAAUGUAAAGCCUUGCAGGGUUAUAUGACUUUGUCUGGACCAUUUGGCGUUCCUUUUGUUUAUAUAAGAAAACAAUUGUUUAUCCAUUUCCAGGAGUUGAUUGGAGAACCGCUGUGGAUUGGUUUUCACAAACCAAAUUUGGACGGAGUAUGGUAUAUCGGCACAGACUGUGGUAAUCCCCUGGACAAGACAUCUUACAACACAUUUGACAAUGAUGACGCCACCAAGCGACAAUGUGUCUUACUAAACACAACAACUAAUCCUAGUAAUAUAGAUUUCAGCUGGUAUGCAGCAUCAUGUCAUGAACGCCACUCCUUUAUUUGCACCAAGUAUCUAGGCAAGUACUUGUUAUUCAAAUUUCAGAUAUUCUAUAGUAUAUAAAGAAAUGCAGUCAAUGCUGAUUGAUGAUGAUGAUGAUUAUGAUGAUGAUGGU